AAAGUCACACACUUUAGGGCCGCCUUUAGCUUUUGAUUAGCCUACGGAACCCAUUUACCUCCAUGGCAUCGCUUCUGCAAUGUCACAACAUUUAUUCCCGUCCAGACUUGCAUUCGUAGCACAGCUCACCAAGAUCUUGUAUCGAUGAAAGGAGAGUCGGACGGCUGCACAAAGCUUCUCCAGGACAUCCCAAAGAUUCUCAGUGGGGUUAAGGUCUGGAAUACACGUGUGAAAAUGAUGUCUCGUGCUCCCUGAACCACUCAUUCACAAUUUGAGCCCAAUGAAUCCAAGCUAUAUGUCCGUGCCAUCAGGGAAGAAAAAAAAUCAUUGAUGGAAUAAUCUGGACAUUCAGUAUAUUCAGUCAGCUGACCUCAUUUUUUGGGCACAUGACGUUGCUGAAUCUAGACCUGACCAGCUGCAACAGCCAGUGAUGUUCGUGGCGAGAUAGGGCCAAGGUGGAACUGGUCCACUCAUAUAGACGGCUGGCCACCCCAACCAGAAUAGACACAAACUAUUUUUGUGGAAACGCCGAGGAAAUCACACAGAAUUUAUAAUAAUCUCUUUAAUAAUAAUCGCACAAAUACGCAUCAUUCAGAAAUAAAUAAAUAUUUAUAUAGAAAGUUUAUCAUUUGCAUGUGUUUCUAAGACUUGCAAAUGUUAACAUUCAAUCUUAAACAAUUUGAGGAUGUUAAAGUGAGCUGUUUUCUGUGCGCACAGACGCACACAUAGCCUACUCAAAUAGAUGAACACUCAUAAGCGCACUCACUGAAACGCGUUUCAAAAAGCACGCAAACUGUGUCAUUUUGUUAAUUAAAUAACAGAAGAGAAGAGGAAAAUCACUUCUGUAGCUUUAAAAAGAUUAACUAUAUUAAAUUUAUAGAAUAAAAACAGUGUUAUUAUUCAUUUGGAACUAUUUCUGUUCCCUAAUAGUACUGUUUAAUUUGUAACUUUGUUAUUUUCUUUUAUAUAUGCUUAUAAUUUAUUGCUUUGUUCUUAUUUUAUUUAGCGUAUUUCACUUUUUAGCCGAUAUAAAAAUUAUUCGAUCCAUGAUUCAAAAAUGUAAUCCGUGUAAUCACUACUAUAUGAGGUCAUUUGUUGAGGUAAUUUGAGAGUAGGCAUUGAGGUCCACCCUAUUUCACAGAGGUUCACUCAGUUUUAAACGUCUGGCCUCGCCACUUUACCUAUUUGCUUAGUUAAAUCCAGGUGUUGAUACUUUUUUGGACGGACAAUGUAUUUUUAUAUAUGCUGUUUAUGUUUAUUGAGGCUUGUUUAGUUUUUUUUUAAUCCAAAGACUUAAAAUUCGUCUUUCUUUUGCGCUGGAUAUUCAAAUACUGGUAUUUAUUUAUUCAUUUAAAUAAUUGUCGUGAGAACAGCCUUUUAUACACAGAUUUGUAGAUGUUAAAAUUAUACAUAAACUAUAAUGAUGAAUGUAAAGGAAAAAUCUGGCCUCAAUAUUUAGAAAACUGUAAUUAAAUAUAUCUCUAUAUAAUUAUUGUCAUUGCUGUAAACUAGAAUAAAUUAUGCUGUACGUAUUUAACUUGUUUUAAUAUAUAACUGUUUAUCUGUAGCAAGAUUAUAGUUUUACCCUGCUAUUAAAACGACGUCACGUCGAGCAUCAGACAGCGGGCACGCGCACAAUCACGCUCAGCAGACGGUCAGAUGUGAUGUUAUACAGAUGUUGACAGUAGCUGCAGUGUUUGAAACACAAGAGUAAUGUAAUGUCAUCAGUGGAGUUCAUGAAGAAAGAUUGUUUUGCGUCCGGGACUUUAUCUUCAGCCUCCCUGAAAGGCACUUUAAAUAAAAUCCACAGGAGGAGACAAAAGGAGAUCUCAGGAGAUCAAACACUGGAGACACAAACAGAUUGUGAGCUCUGCAGACUCUCAGUGCUCAGCUGUUGCAGUCGCAGUCGUACCGUUCUCAGGAUUCUUAUCGCUUGUGUAAUCUCUUUCUUGGCUUUGCUGUGUGCCGUGACCAUGGACUUUAACUCGUCUUUGGCUCAGUGGCAGUCCACUAAAGCAGCACUGAAAGAGUUAACCUCCUGCAGGACUAACGUCACCCUCAGACUCGUGAUGGAGCUCCAAACAUUAAGAAACCUCAGUUUGUCGAGAGAGAAUUCAGUUUAUGAAAACAAACAAGAGAGUUUGCUGAGCUCUGGGUCCACCGUAAUGCUCACAGUUAGUCGCUGUUGUAGCGAUACAAACGUGGACGGUUUGGGUCAACCCUGCGGUGUUGACUUACCCGAGUUUUGUGAGCAUCUUCAGUCGGAUCUUUCAGGGUUUCUCAAUGUCACAUGGAUAGAUGAGCUUGUGGAUGCUAAUGGCGCCGCCACUGUCUUUACCCUUACAAUUGAGAAGAUAUUAAGUUCAUGGGGUGUCAAAGACAUAAACCUUGGUUUUCUUAAACACAAUCCAGAUUGGGCAGAUGUUUUUGCUCUUAAAUUGCUUUUGGUCAUCCAGGAGCUGAACUUUCGGUUGAUGACAGGUGAAAAAGAUAUCCAGGAUAAAAUGUGGCAUGCAGCAAUGCUCAUGUCAGUCAUUAAAGAGAUGUCAGAAAACCUUCAGCACUGCUGGAGGGAAAACACUGAUAUAGAGCUAAACCUGACCAAUAUAAAAUAUAUUUUCUAUUCUCCUGAAUCCAGUGGAUCUGUAGAAGUCACGCAGGCCUUGGAGAACACGCUGAGAUGUUUUCACGCUUGGGCCGGAUGGGCUCUGAAACUCAAAUCCAGAGAUAUCUCCUCUAACAUCAGUCUGCAGAUCUGCUUGCUUGCCAUCACCUGUCUAAUUUAUCCCAUAGUUCUCCUGUCUUUCAAGCAAAUGACCGAGUGGAUUCAGGACUACGCUCGCAGCCUCAAGGAGAAGACGGACGACCUGAAGAGAGAAAGACGUGUCGCAGAAGAUCUCCUUCAUCAGAUGUUACCCAAAUCUGUGGCCAAGCAGCUCCGCCAAAACAAGCACGUAGAGGCUGAGAGCUAUGAAAUGGUGACUAUUUUCUUCUCUGAUAUAGUGGGGUUUACAUCUAUAUCAGCCUCCUGCACUCCACUACAAGUUGUUGGGAUGCUAAAUAACCUCUACAUGUGUUUUGACACGCGUAUUGACUCCUAUGAUGUCUACAAGGUGGAGACUAUAGGAGAUGCAUACAUGGUGGUCAGUGGACUGCCAGAGAGAAAUGGAGAUAAGCAUGCAGAUGAGAUCGCUAAAAUGUCACUGGAUCUGGUGGCUGCUGUCAGACAGGUGCCAAUACCACACAUGCCUAAUAAACGCCUUCAGCUCCGGGCCGGCAUACACACAGGCCCUUGUGUUGCUGGUAUUGUUGGUUAUAAGAUGCCCCGCUACUGUCUGUUUGGAGAUACAGUCAACACCGCCUCUCGGAUGGAGUCCACAAGCCUGCCACAGAAGAUUCAUGCAAGCUCUGCUACAUAUCUGGCGCUCAUGAAGGACAAUGCUUAUGAACUACAGUUAAGGGGUGAGAUUGAAGUUAAGGGGAAAGGUAAAAUGAACACAUACUGGUUGAUGGGUCACAAAAACUACAGUGUUCAGAAUGACAGUUUGGUUUGCCACUGGAACCCAAAUAUCUCAAGAAAGAAAAAGCCUGCGGUAUGCAGCGGUGUAUCCAUGGAGAACUCCAGCACCACAGUACAGAGUACAGGUGACAGUAUGACAGCAGUCUCUCGAUCUGAGGUCCUGCCUAAACCAGAGGGGUCAGAGGUCACACUGCAUGUGUCUGCGCAGGUGGAGAAGUCCGCAGGCGGGUGCGGGGCACUGGGUGAAACGGUGGGGGCACUGCAGGUGGAGCAGGGUGAAGAUGAAAGCCCAUCAGAUCAACACAAUGACAGAAGAUCCCUGAUUCCUGGCUCAGUGACUGACAGUUAAUCACAUGUGGAUGUUCAAUGAGAUGAUGUGUGGGAGACUGUUAUAACCAAUUCAUAGGUCGUUUGUGCUUAUUACGACGUACAGGAACGUUUGAUGGAUAAGCGGAUAAUAGAUGGAUAAUUAAAUGGUUUAAUAAACAUUUAUGGUUUUAAAGAUAUUUUGCAGCAUCUAACCUCACCCCUACCCUUAACACAACCAUUUCUUAAACAAAUUUAAGCAAAAAACAAUAGUAUAAAAGUAUUACAAACAACUUGCGUUGGUAACCUUGUGAAUUGAAGCCAUAAGAUUACUUCUCAUAUAGAACUUUGUGAAUGCAAGGCGCACAGUGAGGUCUAUUUUAAACAUAAACUGGAACAUUAGACGCAAUCGGUCACGACAGCCAAUAGCGUUUCAUGUUCCAAGCUGACACAAUGAUGCAAUUGAUCAUGAGACACACAAGAACCAAUGAUAUUUCACUAUCAAAGAUGUUUGUAGUUUACACAACAGAUCUGAGCUGAUUUACUCAAAAUGCUUAAAUAGUGUAAUAUAGAAGUUUCAAUUAAAAAUCAUAUCCCAAUACAUGUCAUCAUUGCAAAAGUAUACCCCAGUAUAAUUUCAUACCCUCAUAUAUGAGUUGUUCUUGCUGCACCUCAAUUUGCUCAUUUUGUUCAUAUUUUAACAGCAUCUUAUAUUUUAAAAGCAGGAUCAAAUGAAGUAGUAAAUGGUUUGAUGAAAGAUGAAGAUACUGUCAGAUAUGUUGAUGUGUGUUUGUCUUAUAGUGUGAUAUGUUGUUUUAAUUAAUUCAUUCUGUAUGUUUUGUCUAUUUUAGGACUGUAUUUAUUUACACUUUUAUAAGAAUAUACUGUUUUCAUUUGUUUGUAACAUUGCUGGCUUUCUGUUGGGUUUUUAUUACUUUUCCAAGUCACCUGUAGAAUAAAAAACUGUAAGCAUGUUUGAUUUAAGUUCUUUAAUCUUAAAAUAAACUUCCUGGAUGAAAAAUUAUGUUUAAUGUGUCUUUCUUGUGUUUGAAGUUGUAUGUUGUAGU